UACCAUCUUGGCGUUGUGAUUCGUUCAGAAUGAGCAUCCCUCAGGCAAUCCACAAGGUCAUUGUGCUCGGCUCGGGCCCGGCCGGUCUCACUUCGGCGCUGUACGCUGCACGCGCUCAGUUGGCGCCGCUCGUGCUGCACGGGAACAACCCCGGCGGCCAGCUGACCACGACCUCCACUGUGGAGAACUUCCCCGGCUUUGGCAAGGCCGGCGUCGAGGGCCCCGAGCUCAUCAGCCAGAUGCAGGAGCAGGCCGAGCAUGCCGGCGCCGCCUUCCAGUACGGCCACGUCGUCAAGGUCACUGCCCCGCCGCAGCCUGCGCCCAUCACGUUGGACUUGGACGAUGGCACGUCGCUCCAGACCCACGCGCUGAUUGUCGCCACGGGCGCCAAGUCGCGCCUGCUCGAAAUCCCCACGGAGCAAACCUUCUGGGGCAAGGGCGUCUCCACCUGCGCAACGUGCGACGGCUUCUUUUACAAGAACAAGGUCGUUGGCGUGGUCGGCGGCGGCGACUCGGCGGCGGAGGAGGCACUCUACCUCACCCGCAUGUGCUCCAAGGUCUACCUCAUCCACCGCCGCGAUGCGCUCCGUGCGUCUCGCGUCAUGAGCCAGCGCGUCGCCGAAAACCCCAAGAUCGAGAAGGUCUGGGACUCUGUCGUUGACCACCUCUCUGGCACCCCCGACGGCCUCCUGUCGCACAUUCACGUCAAGAACGUCAAGACCAACGAGUCAAAGGCGCUGCCCGCAUCUGGUCUGUUUGUCGCCAUUGGCCACAUUCCCAACACGGAGCCGUUUGGCCUUCUCGACCGCGACGCGAACGGCUACAUUAAGCUCGCCAACCAAAACUCGACCAAGAGCAACGUCGAGGGCAUUUUCGUCGCCGGCGACUGCUCCGACCACGUCUUCCGUCAAGCCAUCACUGCUGCCGGCACUGGUUGCAUGGCUGCCAUCGAGGCUGAGCGCUGGCUCGAGGCCAAGGGUGUGUAAAAACAACAGCUUGUGGGAUGUUUUUUUUUUUUCUUGUUUUUGCUUUUUAAUAAACUUGUUGGUGUCG